AUCCGACUGACUGGCAGCUUUACGUUCUUGCACUUUCCGAGCCAUCUCUCCUCCCUACUACCUGAGAUCAAUUGAGCCAUACAACAUUCCUCUAUCCCCUUGACACCUCUCACAAUGUUCGUUAGAACAGCAUUCAGAGCGGUACAGCCGUUGAAGCGUAAUUUGAUCUCACGAUCGUACGCAACAGAGCCGGCAAAGGGUGGCUCCAACACGCUCGUGCUCGCCGCCGGAGGAGCGGUCGUUGCAGGUGGUGCCGGUUACUAUUUCUUCGCGACCCCGGCAGGCAAGGGCGCCGCACAGAAGGCCGAAGAGAAAGUGAAGGAAGCCGUCAGCGGGCCCGCUAAGAAGGCAUUCGAGGGUGGCGAUCAGGGCUUCUUGUCGCUGCUGCUGGAAGAUGUUGAGACCGUCAACCACAAUACCAAGAAGUUCCGCUUCAAGCUUCCCGAGGAUGGCAUGGUAUCGGGUAUGCAAGUCGCUAGUGCUCUCUUGACCAAGUUCCAGACCGAGGGCGAGAAGCCCGUCGUGAGACCUUACACGCCUACCAGUGAUGAAGAUGCCCAGGGAUACCUCGAGCUCGUCGUCAAGAAAUACCCCAACGGCCCCAUGUCCACACACAUGCACGACAUGAAGCCCGGCCAACGGCUGGAUUUCAAGGGUCCGCUGCCCAAGUACUCGUGGACUGAGAACAAGCACGACCACAUCGCACUGAUUGCUGGUGGUACUGGUAUUACACCCAUGUACCAACUAUGCCGCGCCAUCUUCAACAACCCCAACGACAAGACCAAGGUUACCCUUAUCUUCGGCAACAUCAGCGAAGAGGACAUUCUGCUGAAGCGCGAAUUCGAGAACCUCGAGAACACCUAUCCCCAGAGGUUCCGUGCCUUCUACGUCCUAGACCAGCCCCCUAAGGAGUGGGCCGGCGGUAAGGGUUUCAUCACCAAGGACCUGCUCAAGACGGUCCUCCCCGAGCCUAAGAGCGAGAACAUCAAGGUCUUCGUCUGCGGCCCUCCUGGCUUGUACAAGGCCAUCUCUGGACCUAAGGUGAGCCCUAAGGACCAAGGUGAGCUGACGGGUAUCCUUAAGGAGUUGGGUUACUCUAAGGAUCAGGUUUACAAAUUUUAAGUGGAGUGCAGUGCUUUUGUCGUCGUGUUAGACCUAGAUGUGUGAAUAGAUGGGUAGUCGAUUCAUCACUUGUACUAUGAAGAACCCGCUUCUUGGGGAUCCGGAUUACAAAAAGAGUUGGAUUACUUCGACCUAGUUAAUCACGUUGUAUCCUGUGAUGCUAUGUAUGCUGUCUCUGAUCUAUGCUUAUCUCCUGGCUGGACCUCCCCUGUUUUAAAAUUCACUAAUUUGCUGGUCAGCGCAUUGAAUUAUGUCUACAUAAGUACAAUACUUACAUAUCUGUAAAUAAAGUAAAGCCUCUAGGUCCA